AUGGUAGCAAGCGAAGAGCACCGUCGGGCAUCACAACCCCCGGCUGUCACAACCGUAUUCGCCCAGGGAGAUGUGCCAGAUCAUAUCGCAGAGAUGUCGGCAGAUGAGGCUGCGCUCGCGGCGCUCGGUUAUAAGCAGGAAUUUAAGCGCGAAUUCUCAGCCUGGACGACUUUUGCUGUCAGCUUCGCCGUGAUGGGACUACUACCAAGUAUUGCGACUACCAUGUGGUAUGGACUUGGCUAUGCCGGACCGGCAGCGAAUACUUGGGGUUGGUUAUUGUCGGUCUUCUUCAUUCUAUGCGUUGCUGCUUCGAUGGCAGAGUUGGCGAGCAGUAUGCCAACUUCUGGCGGACUCUACUAUGCGGCAGCAGUGCUAGCUGGCCCUAAGUAUGGUCCUUUCGCUGCUUGGAUAACUGGCUGGAGCAACUGGUUCGUUCAAGUCACAGGAGCACCGAGUGUUGACUAUGGGUGUGCUGCUAUGAUUCUGGCCGCGGCGUCGAUAGUGAACCCCGAAUAUAAGCCAGAGAGCUACCACACAUUUCUCCUGACCGUAUUAAUCAUGCUGACACACGCCUGUAUCAGCAGCAUGCCGACGCUGUGGAUUGCGAAUUUUAACUCCGUUGGUACGACCAUCAACCUCCUCUGCCUUCUGAUUACCAUCAUAAUCAUUCCAACCGCGGUGACGGGCGAUCCCAAAUUUCAGCCGAACGAGUUUGCGUGGGGAAUCCAAAAUAGUACGGACUGGCCCGAUGGUGUUGCCGUCCUGAUGUCGUUCUUGUCGAUUAUAUGGACAAUGUCCGGCUAUGAUGCUAGCUUUCACCUCUCGGAAGAAUGCUCAAAUGCGGCCAUCGCUACGCCAAGGUCUAUCGUCAUGACAGCCGGGUCGGGAUCGGUUCUUGGCUUCGUAUUGAACACCAUUAUCGCGUAUACAAUUAAGGAUGUGGGAGCAGUCUUGGAUAGCGAUCUGGAACAACCGUUUGCAGCGUACCUAAUCCAAAUCCUACCGCAAAACGUGGCAUUGGCCGUCCUUUCCAUGACUAUUGUAUGCGCCUACAUGAUGGGGCAGGGAUGUAUGGUAGCUGCAUCGCGGGUAUGCUUCGCGUACGCACGCGAUGACUGCUUCGGCGUAGUGAGUCGACCACUAAAGCAAGUUAACCAAUACACAUUAACUCCAGUGAAUGCGGUUUGGUUUAAUACGUCGAUUGGGAUCUUAUUGGUACUACUGAUUUUCGGAGGGGCGGCCAUCGAUGCCAUUUUUAGCAUCGGUGCCAUCGCCGCAUACGUCGCCUUCACGACACCUAUUUUCCUCAAGAUCGCAGUCGUCGGAAACCGCUUCCGUCGUGGGCCCUGGCAUCUCGGCCCCUUGAGUCUACCCUCGGGUAUCGCAGCCUGCUGUUUUAUCCUGGUUAUGCUGCCCAUCCUGUGUUUUCCCAGUGUGCGCGGUGAGAAUUUGACCUUGGAAGAGAUGAAUUGGACUGCGCUUGUUUAUGGUGCACCGAUGUUGUUCAUUCUCAUAUGGUUCUUCGUGGAUGCUCACAAGUGGUUUAAAGGACCCAAGAUCAAUAUUGAGCACCAUAUGCUUCAUCAAAACCUUCCUAGUGUAGAGGGUAUCAGCACACCGGCCGUGAGUGGUAGCUCGGGCAGCGGGAAGGACUCGGAUAUAGAACGGGGUUCAGUAUCGAAGGCGCCGUCAAUUUAG